CCAUCGUUUUCUAUAAAAGCAAAGUGCCAAAUCUCUUCAUCAUCAUUUAAUAACUGAUCAUUUCUCGUAACUUUCAACAUGAAACAAGUAGUUUUAGCUUUGGCUCUUCUUGGCGUCGCGGCUUGUGCCCGUCUCGACAAUCUCAAGUACCUUCCUCCAAACAGAGGCGGCUCUGCAUCCGGAGCUUCCGGUAGUGGACAAUAUUCCGGUGGUUCAUCUGGGCAAUAUUCCGGUGGUUCAUCUGGGCAAUACUCCGGUGGUUCAUCUGGGCAAUAUUCCGGUGGUUCAUCUGGGCAAUAUUCUUCCGGUGAAGCUUCCGGCCGCUUUUCCGGUGCUUCCGGUCCUCAGGUCCCCAUCCUCCGGUUCGAAAACAACGUCAAUGGUGACGGUAGUUACAAUUUUGCUUAUGAAACCGGUGAUGGUGUCCAAGCUCAGGAGGAAGGUUAUUUGAAAAAUGCCGGAUCUCAGGAUGAAGCUCAGGCUGCGCAAGGCUCUUUCUCAUACACUGCCCCCGAUGGGCAACAAAUCUCCCUCACUUACACCGCCGAUGAAAACGGUUUCCAACCCCAAGGCGAGCAUUUGCCUACUCCUCCCCCAAUCCCAGAAGCUAUCCUUAAAUCCUUGCAAUUGAACCAGGAGGAAGAAGCGCGUGGUAUUGUCGAUGAUGGGCAAUACAGGGAACAGCCCCAACAAUUUGGAGGACGAGGGGCCCAACAAGGACAGUUUGGAGGACAACAGGGAGCUCAGGGACAGUUUGGAGGACAACAAGGCGCUCAGGGACAGUUUGGAGGACAUCAGGGAGCUCAGGGACAGUUUGGAGGUCGGCAAGGGACUCAAGGCCACUUUGGAGGACAACAGAGUGCUCAGGGACAGUUUGGAGGAUACCCUCAAGGGCCUCAGGCUGCUCAGGGGCAAUUUGGGGGCAGACAAGGUGCGACUCAGGGUCAGUUUGGAGGUUCUCGGCCCCAACAACAGUUUGGAGGACCUGCUUCUGCCCCACAACAGCAAUUCCGCGGUUCUGGAGGAACUCAACAAGCUGCUAAUGGAGGUUACAAAUACUAGUCCGGUUUGAUCUGCGAUAACGAAUGCCAAGAUGCCAAGAUGUAUUAAAAAUAUGUACCUUAUUUUUAUUGUAAAUAUUGUUAAUAACAAUAAAUUAUUAUUUUGAAGGAA